AUGGCUGAUUCUAAUCAAAAAGAAAAUGGUGGUGGAUUGAAACAACCCGAUUAUGAGAUUCAAAAAACACAAUUGGUUGGUGAAUUGAAACGUAUACAACAAUUAUUAAAAGAUAAAACC